AUGGACACUGACAGAGACUACUUGCUUUCCCUAAGAGCGGUUCGAAUUCAUGCCAACAAAGUCUUUGAGGCUGCGAAGCGGGGAGAACUAAAGCAUUUCGACUAUGACGAGAGCCGCAUGAGCGAGGUUGCAGAUUACGUAUCAAAGGUUAUUGACCGUGACUUUGGUCCCGACAAGUACGACACAAUUCCACCUCAUGGUCGCUGGCAGCAUUUCGAUGUUGGAGGUGUUGCUCGUGUUGAUUCUCUGAUCAAACAGUGGUCCAGCGAAGCCGACAUCGACAAGACUGAGAUUACAAGACGACUAAUUGAUCUUUUCUUUGUAUCCGUUCUCCUGGAUGCCGGUGCUGGCGAUGUCUGGCGCUACAAGGAGUCUGAUUCUGGUCAAGAAGUCGUCCGCAGUGAGGGCAUCGCUGUAGCCUCGCUUCACAUGUUCCAGGCUGGCGCCUUCAGCUCAGACGAUUCAGCAAAGACUAGAGUGGACGGAAAGGGACUGGUUCAGUUGCAAGAAUCGGAUUUCAACACCCACUUUCAAGUAUCAGCUGACAACCUCAUGGUCGGCGUUCCAUCACGAGUUCAGCUUCUUCAAGCCGUCGGCUCGUCUCUACUAAAGCAGCCAGAUGUCUUUGGAGAGUCCGGACGACCUGGUAACCUGGUUGAUUAUCUCAUGACAAAGUCUUCUGACUCCAAGACACUAGGCUACGAACAGCUCUGGUCUUGCUUGCAAUCUCUUCUCAUCCCCUCUUGGCCAGGCAACAGAACUGUCUUCAAUGGACAACCGAUCGGAGAUGCAUGGCCUCUUGAAGUUCUCGCUAGCAUCGCGGACAAGGAGGGCAACAGUCAGGAGAAGAGCAAGAUUCAACCUUUCCACAAACUUACCCAGUGGCUGGCUUACUCACUGUCUGUUGUCUUUGAAAGGCAAUUGGGAUACACCUGGGAGAACAUGGAACUUGGGACUGGAUUGCCCGAGUACCGUAACGGUGGGCUGUAUGUCGAUCUUGGGGUCCUCAAGCUCAAAAAUGACGAUCUGCAAGUUGGAAAGGAAAACUCGGGCCAAGAUCUGCCCCAGUUUGAUGCUUCAUCGGAUGUUAUCGUUGAAUGGAGAGCUAUGACUGUGGCUUUGUUGGACGAAUUGCAUCAGAUGCUCCAGGACAAUUACAAGCCUCGUGGGGUAAACUUAAGCCUUCUUCAGAUGCUCGAAGCAGGAACCUGGAAGUCGGGACGAGAGUUGGCAGCUGAGUUGAGACCCGCCACCAAGUGCAGCCCGAUCCUGGUGAUUAGCGAUGGUACUCUUUAUUAA